AGCCCGGCCAGCUUGUACAAAACCACAAAGUUUGGCAUUAUCCGAGAGCCGGGAAAGGGGUCGGGGGCUGGGAUGUCUGCGAGGGGCUUUUCCGACCCUGAUCCGGGCGGGCGAAAGCUCCGGAGCUUCGUUUGCAGUUUCACAGCUGGGGGUUGCUUAAAUAAAGGGGAUUCUUUUGCAGAACUGAACCAGGAGCAGAGCAUCCCCGCCGCCGUGCCGCCCGGCUAACCUUGUUCUUGGAAAUAAUUAUCGCCAAAGGACUAAUUGGCCCCUGGCUUCGCGGGGAGCAAGGGGGCAGGAGGAGGAGGAGGAAGAACGACUCGCUGAAGGAAUCGGCUCCAAGACCGUCUCCCACUGCCAAACUGGGCCAGUUUGACCGACCAACCGGUUCCAAGCCGCUGGGAGAACGUCUACCGAGCCCCCCCCGGGCCAGCACCGUAUCCCCCAUAAAUCGCCUCACCUCCUGCUCCCCUUCGCCUGGAGGCUCCGGCCUCGAGCAAGAUGGCGGCCGCAAGCCGGGCCCUGAGCGCCCUGCGCCUCGACGCCGUCCCCCGCCUGCGGCCGGCCGCCCUCCUCGCCCUCAGCCGCCACAACUCCAACCGCGCCGCCAUCUCCCACCUCCACCGUCAGCUCUACGGCCGCCUCUACCCGAUCCUCCUGGUCAAGACCGACGGUUCCACCAUCCGCCUCCGCUACAAGGAGCCGAAGAGGAUCCUCAUGCUGCCCCUGGACAGCAGCACCCUGCCUGAGGCGGAGCGCAGGGCUCGGCAGCGGCGGCAUUUCCCCAGAAAACAGAUGGCCGAGCCGGAGGAGACCUUUGAAAGCAUCGACCUGGCCACCUACAAGCGGUUCUGGAAGAAGUGAAGCCCUGAAAUAAAAUUUAAAAGCAAAAAAAAAAAAAAUAAUAAUAAUUCCAAGAAA